AUUGUGAAUAACACGGGGCAGAAGGCUCUACAUACAGGGGACGGGACUGAGAGGACUAGUGAAUAUCAGGGGUCCGGGAGAGCGGAUAUAAAUUGAAUGCGGGGUCCGGGGAGAGCGGAUAUGGUGAAUGGGGGUCCGGGGAGAGCGGAUAUGGUGAAUGCGGGGUCCGGGGAAUAUGGCAUACGCAUGCGGGGUCCGGGGAGAGCGGAUAUACGGAAUGAGGGGUCCGGGGAGAGCGGCGGUGAAUGCGGGGUCCGGGGAGUCCGGAUAUAGUGAAUGCGGGGUCCGGGGAGACC